AUGCCACCGAGACUGCGACUGCGCUCCCUCGUGCGCUUAGCAGAGCUCCAACUCGAGCGAGCUCCGUCACGGUCCGCAUACACCUGCAAUAGAUGCCAAUAUGCGACGGCAGCUACAGUUCCAGCCCCUUCGGAUGAACAGAUACACGCCUCGAUACCAGCAUUAAGUCGCUACGCGCCGGCGACACCUCCCAGCUUCCGCAACCCGGCCUACCGAAAAUCACAGCUUCUCAGAUCCUACGUCUCCCUCCUCCAGACGACUCCUCUGAUCGUGCUGUUCCAGCACACCAAUCUUAAGGCUGCAGAGUGGGUCGGCAUCAGGCGGGAACUGGCUUCAGCGUUGCGAAAGCUCGACACGCAGCUCGCUGCGCAGGGAGCACCUCCGGAGGCACUGAUCGCAGAACACAUCAAACUGGAAGUGAUCAAGACAAACAUUUUUGAGCCCGCUCUACGGAUCACAGAGUUCUUCAAACCGGGUGACCUCCCGCCGGAGACGCUGAGCGGGCUGUCUGGGAUCUCUUCAGAGAAGGAGGAUCCAAGUUUAACACACGCUCUCUCUGCGGCUGCGUACAAGGCAGCGAGUGCUCACAAGGGCGAACACCCACUCACACCCGUCCUGCAAGGCGCCGUCGCCAUCUUGACUCUCCCCGCUGUUUCGCCAACGCAUUUGAAAGCGGCCUUUUCCAUUCUUUCGCCACAGGCGCCUGCUUUUCCGGCACCCACGAGGAGGAUGGUUCCUUCAUACUACGAUCAACCUGUGCAAGAUGGACUCAAAAAGUUGCUUCUUCUGGGAGCUCGCAUCGACGGGCAGAUCUUUGACAUGGAAGGCACGAGGUGGGUCGGCAGCAUUGACGGAGGUAUCGACGGACUACGGGCGCAACUCGUUGCCAUACUUCAAGGGUUUGGAGCCGGGAUCACUACGACCCUGGAAAGCGCCAGCAGGAAUCUGUGGUUUACAAUGGAGAGCAGGCGUAAUAUGCUCGAAGAGGAAGGGAAUCCUAAAGACCAGUGA